AGGAUAGUCUGGAGCCACAGCUUUAGACGCUCAGAACAGAAGAGUUAAUACUGAGAGAAGCCAGGGCCAGAGGAGGACGAAAAGAAGCCGCUCCUGAACUACUUAUCACUCAGAGAUGAUGUCAUCCUCCAGAAAACUCAACAUGCUUCUCCUAUUUCUAAGUGCGUCGCCGCUCUUUACCUCACAUCUCCUUGCUCAAGCUUUCACCACAUCUUUCCCACCAAUCCUGAACGUGCCAGACUACGACCCUGACUACGACAAGUUUGAUGAAGAAGUGAAAGCCGUCACUGUAAGGACUACUAAAAGCAGAAUGGAGACUCGGCUCUGUCCGUACGACCCCUGCUCAGAGGAUCAACAGCCUUGCCAUAUUCUCGCUCAACAGACUAAGUGUCUCUGUCCAGGAAUGAGCGGGCCCAACGAGCGACCUCAUUCAGCCCGUCUCCACUCCUUCCAACAAGUGAGCAGUGGAAGCCGGAAUGUGGAGGUCCACUGGUGUGCACCGUCAUCAGUGGUGACUGAAUACUUAGUUGUGAUUGAAGGCAUAAGAGAGAACUUGAAGUUUCCUGCGACGUCAAGAAAAGGUGUGGUGGGGACUUUGGAAUCAGGAACCAAGGUUUGCGUGGUGGCGGUGAACAGUGCGGGCCAGAGUGGUGCAUCAGAGUUCUCUUGCAUGCGUUACGACACUCCUUCCUCUUUAGACUAUAAUGUAAUGGCAGGGGUGAUUGGGGGAGGAAUUGUGCUUUUACUGCUCCUUGUCAUUGCAUCUGUGGUCAUAUGGAAGCUUCGGAUGAACAAAAAGGCAAAGAGAGACUCUGACGAUGGACUGCGAAACCCUUCGUACAGCAUGGGGGAAACUUCGUGAUCCACAUUACUGGCUCAAUUUUAUUUUUUGGGCGUGGCUCAGCUUUCUUUUUCCCAUAUUCUCAUGAAUUCUCAAAGAUAGAAGUCAUUCACUGGUCUAUGAAAACCAUUAUUUAGGGAUGGGCAAAGGUAAGAACAAAGGGGAAAAAGCAGUGUGAUUGAUAUGAGCAUUCCAUCAGUUUCCUUUUGGAGAAUGUUAACUUGAAUUUCAGGGUUUGCUGAUGAGGAUUACAGUGAAAGGGGCCAUGACAGCAGUGAUAUGUUGAACUUUGAACCAGGUGACCGGGCUCAACCGUGCUGGGUGUCCUUAAAUGUACUCUCAGUAACCUCCUGUUCCAGAGCGACACGUGGACUUGCGAGACCUCCGCAAGAACAAUUACAAGCGUGGCGAGAUACUCCACUGGAGAAUUGUGAGCCAUUGGAGGAAACUGAAUCCACGCCCUGCAGCACUGAAAAGACAUUUUGGGAGGCUUACUAACCACUCAAUCAUGAACUGAAGACGUGACUGAUGUAAUAUGAUGAGAAGUAGUUCACUCAUGUUUCAAGUCAUUUGUAUAUAUAGAACAGUGAGCAUAGCGUUUUGUUUUUAGUGUACAGGUUUGUUUGCUGGCAAAUUAACUUUUAUAGAUUUUUUUGUGAUUUAUUUUUGUAUUAUAUUUGUAGAAAACGAUUUUUUAUUAAAACAUAUUUUAACAAAAGAAGUACAUUGUAUCCCU